CACAAAUGGGGGUUUUAGCACUGAAGAUGACAGUCGGUCAGGGCAUGACCAGGUCUGUUGCCUCAUUGACAACAAUGAAAAGUGUCAAAGACAAGCUGGGAAUGCAAGCUACAGCAAAAGGAUACAGAACCAAGCUCGCAAGUUGAAACUGUCAAGAGAUGAAAUGAGUCCCCACAUUUAUAUUUGUGACUAUCACAAGACCCAAAUCCAAAAUGUGAGGACGAAGAGGAAGAGGAAGGACAGUGAGGAUGAUCAAGGCUUCCAAGAUGGAGAUGAUGAAGCAGUUGAGAUUGACUUUUAUCAGAUGCCAGUGAACACACUCCGAAGAUACAAAAGACACUACAAACUCAAUACAAGACCUGGCCUCAGCAAGGCACAAUUGGCAGACGCUGUUGCAAGUCAUUUCAAGACCAUCCCAGUUGUGGAAAAAGACACCCUUCAAAUGUUUUUCUACACCACAAAGACAAAGAGAUUUGAGAACAAAGAGGGAACAUCAUAGUAACUGUGUUGUGUUCCACCAUUUUAAAAGUUCUCUUUUGUGUUUGAGUGUUUGCUUGGUAUUUGUAUGCAUGUGGUGUGAAGGAACGUAUGAGUAAUUCAAGAGCACAUGAAUAUAUCUACAGGGUCCCCACCAGGUCGGGAAAUCGGGGAAAAGUCGGGAAUUUUUAGAUAUGUCGGGAAAAAGUCAGGAAUUUUGUGAUGGGUCGGUAAGUCGGGAAAGGAUAGGGCCUGUGUAAUAUUAGUAGUGUAGCUAUCGAGACAGUAUGGUUGAUGAAUCAUGAAGUAAAAAUGAAGAG